AUGCCUCCUUUGAUUAUAUCUGAAAAUUUUUUAAACCUUAGCGAGAAUGCUUCUUUAUUGAGCAGUGAAAAACUUUUACAUUGGGCAAGAAGAAGAAUUUACAGAAAAAAAGAAAAUAAAAAAGAACUCAAUGAAGAAAAAAUUGAUAAAAUUGCUAAAAAAAUUCUAAAAUUAUUAAAUCUCAAUCUCGUUAAAAAUAAAAAUAUACAAGAAGAAAUUGUUGAAUAUAUUAAAAAAAUUAAUAAUUUAACCAAUGAAAAUGAUAAUAAUUAUCUUGAUUUGGAAUUUAAAAAUAUAAAUGAUUUAUUUCCAAAUUCACUUUAUAUAGAAAACUUUUUUCAUUGGCCACAUGCGUCCAAAUAUGCUUAUCCAAUCCCUCCAUUCAAUCUUGUUUUGAAACAACAAACAAUCCCCUUAUACGGUCUUAUUCUCUUUUGUCCAUUUUUUGGUAUAAGAUUGCCUGGUCUCAUAGCACGAACAAUCCCCAAUUUUUCGCAAAAUUUUUUUCAAAAAUUUUUCAACUUUCACAGAUUUCCAAAAAACAAUUUACAUGUUCCUUCUAUUUCUUAUCUACAUACUUCUAUUAAUCAACGUCGUCGAUCUUCUUCAGUGCAAGUUGAGGAUUCUGUCACAGAAUCUAUACCAGAUGUUCCUCCGAGCUAUCAAGAGGCUGUGGCUACGGGCUUAUUUACGACAGCAACUUCAG